AUGGUCCGAGAAGGCAUCGUCCUUGGGCACAAGGUUUCAAAGAGAGGGCUGGAGAUUGAUCGUGUUAAAGUGGAAGUCAUUGAGAAGCUGCCACCCUCCGUAUCAGUCAAGGGUGUGCGCAGUUUCCUCGGGCAUGCAGGAUUUUACAGACGCUUCAUAAAGGAUUUUUCAAAGAUCUCGAGUCCGAUGUGCAGGUUACUUGAAAAGGAGGUGAAAUUCCUAUUUGAUGAUGUGUGUAUCAAGGCCUUUGAAGGUCUAAAGAAGAGAUUGGUAACUGCACCAAUAAUCAUUGCACCUGACUGGAACUUGCCAUUCGAGUUGAUGUGUGAUGCAAGUGACAAUGCUGUGGGGGCUGUGUUGGGACAGCGAUGA